AUGGUCAACACCCCCGCCCCGCCACCCCCUCACCUCGUAACACUGGAGCAUGAUGAACGCUUCAGUGUUCCUACACCUCCAUCUUUACUGCUGAAUCUGAUGCCUCGCACUCUGGAGGGCCAGAUCACCAUGGAGAAGACCCCCAGUUACUUCAUCACCAAAGAAGCCCCUCGCCGUGUUUUCUCCAUGAGCCGCCACACAAAGCUCAUCGUGGUGGUUCGUGACCCCGUGACCCGGGCUGUCUCUGAUUACACCCAGACUCUGACCAAAUCUCCCGGGCUCCCGUCCUUUCAGAACCUGGCUUUUCGCAACGCCACCACAGGCCUCAUCGACACAACUUGGAGUGCCGUGCGCAUCGGCAUCUACGCAAAGCACCUCGAGAACUGGCUUCGCUUCUUCCCGCUCUCACGUCUCCUCUUUGUUAGCGGAGAACGCCUCGUGACGGACCCAGCGGGCGAAAUGGGCCGGGUCCAGGACUUCCUGGGGCUCAAACGGGUGGUGACGGACAAGCACUUCUACUUCAACCAGACCAAAGGUUUCCCGUGCUUAAAGAAGCCAGAGGGGAGCAGCAGGCCUCGCUGUUUGGGGAAGUCGAAGGGUCGGCCUCAUCCCCAAAUCCCCUCUGAGGUCCUGCAUAGGCUCAGAGACUUCUACAGACCCUUCAAUCUCAAGUUUUACCAAAUGACCGGCCACAAUUUUGGCUGGGACUGAACGCCUACUCACCAAAGCUCUUAAAAACUGUUAGUAGCGUUCUUGUUCAGCCAACUACCCAAAAACCAGACAGGGAUAUCUUAAAGACUGUGUGUUACCAAAGCUUUUACUGUUCAAAAUAUGCCAUUUCUUUAUUUUUUAAGCUAUGAAGACUGCAUUUUUUUCAUCACGAUUUACAACAGCGAUGCUAACAAGGGUUGUGAGGGCCUCAAUCCCUUGGGCUACUUCAGCAAACCUUUUUGGAAGCGGUGGUUGCUGACCCAAAAUGACAAGAACAAGCCAGAUGGAAGUCAUAUUUGCACUUGGCACCCCCUAGAAGCAGGAGUGUGAUAAGCCCUUAUUGCUCUCCAAAAAACUUAACAGCCUCAGUAUUGAAAAUAACUCCGAAAAUGUGCCAACAAGAGAUGUGCAUAAAAUAUAUAAAUGGCAAAAGAGUAACAAGCCUUAACAGCCUGGCAAAGCUACGAUGAACAAAAUGAAAUGUUGGAGCUUCCAGAGAAGCAUGGGAGCUCUGCUAAAAGAAUCUACAACCCUUGACAGCAUGGAAAGAAGCAAAUGGUUUUGAUUUAAGCACAAUCAAAAUAAAUAAGUCUUCAGAAUUAUUGAAUCACAUCAGCAUUGUUCAGUUCACCUCUGUCACAUUUACACGGUGGUUGCAGUUUUAGGAAAUUCUGUUUUUUCUUUAGUUCUUUCAAUGCAAACUUUUUUUCUGGACCGUCUUUGAUUUAAAAUGAAAGCUUAAGUAUGGUGGGAACAGUACCAGCAUUUUAAAAUGCAAUCCGUUAUGUGCUGUAAAUUUGCUGAUAUUUAUGUUGCCAUUUCAAUGCUUGUAUAAAAUGUUCUCUACAGACAAAACCAGCAUCUGUGAUUGUUUUCGACUUCAUUUAACCAACACUCACCUCCACAAACAGUACUUGCAACUGUAUAUUUCUAAAAGAUUAAUUUAUAAGAAGACAAAAUAUUGUUCUGAUGUUUUUCUCUGAGACUUUUGUA